AUGUGCAAGAGUUUAACAAGUUUGUCCCUUCCAAAUAACCAUUUGACAGGCAAUGUAUCUGAAGUAUUUGGUGCCUAUCCAAAUCUUCGGUAUGUGGAUCUUAGCCACAACAACUUCUACGGGGAAAUUUCACCCAUGUGGGGACAAUGUCCUCAGUUAAGAACCCUGCGAAUCGCAGGAAACAUCCUUACUGGUAGCAUAUCACCUGAGCUUGGCAAUGCAACGCAGAUUCAUGUACUGGAUCUUUCUUCAAAUGGUUUAGUUGGGGUGAUUCCUAAUGAAAUUGGGAGAUUGACUGCUCUAUUGAAUCUCAGUUUGAGUGGUAAUCAACUUAGUGGUCGCAUACCCUUAGAGUUUGGUUCAUUGAAGGAUCUUGAAUAUCUUGACCUGUCCAACAACAAAUUCAAUGAGUCGAUUCCAAGCAUUUUGGCAGACUUUUCCGAAGUACAUUACUUGAAUUUGAGCAACAACAAAUUCAGCCAAGAAAUUCCAUUUCAAUUGGGGAAAUUAGUCCAUUUGUCCGAGCUAGACUUGAGUCAUAAUUCACUUGAAGGACUUCAGCCCUGCCCCUCCCUGGAAAAUAAGCAUGCCACAAAAAUGGAUCGAAAGCUCAUGUUUAUAAUUGUUUUCCCUGUUUUUGGGACACUUUUACUUUCACUUGCCUUCCUUGGAAUUGCCUUGGUUAGGAAAAGAAGAAACAAAAGGCAGGACACAGAGCAAAGCAAUGGGCAGUUGAAAGACGUUUUUUCCAUAUCUGAAUUUGAUGGAAGAAAAACUUAUGACGAAAUCAUCAAGGCAACGAAUGAUUUUGAUGACCUGUAUUCCAUUGGAAAGGGAGGAUCCGGAAGUGUCUACAAGGCAAAGCUGCUAUCAGGCAGAAUAGUUGCAGUGAAGAAACUCGAUCCAGUACUUGAGGGUGAGGAGUCGUCUCAGAAGGAAUUCCUUAACGAAAUAAGGGCGCUAAUAGAGAUACGGCACCGGAACAUUGUCAAACUUCGUGGUUUCUGUUCACACGCCCAUCACUCGUUUUUGGUCUAUGACUACCUAGAAAAGGGUAGCUUGGCUUCAAUGUUGAGCAAAGAAGACGAAGCUAACAAACUGGAUUGGAGCAUACGGGUGAGGAUAGUGAAAGGUGUAGGUCAUGCCCUGUCUUAUAUGCAUCAUGACUGCUCACCGCCUAUAGUGCAUCGAGACAUAUCAAGCAACAACAUUUUGCUCAAUCACGAAUAUGAGCCUUGUGUUUCAGACUUCGGCACUGCUAAGCUUCUAAAUGUAGACUCAUCAAAUUGGACUGCCCGUGCAGGCACAUACGGAUAUAUAGCACCAGAGCUGGCUUACACAAUGAAGGUAACUGAGAAAUGCGAUGUUUAUAGCUUUGGGGUGCUGGCACUGGAAGUGAUAAUGGGGAAGCAGCUGGGUGAAAUCAUCUCAUCCUUUUCGUCUCAAUCCGAUAACGAGGACAUUUUGCUGAAGGAUGUAUUGGACCAACGCCUCCCCGCUCCAACACCUCAUGUUCAGGCUGAAUUGGUAACCAUUGCAAGGCUGGCAAUUGCGUGCAAACAUCCCCAUCCACAAUCCAGGCCAACAAUGAACAUGGUUUCUCAGGUCUUAUCAUCCCAACCUGCAAAUUCCUCAGGACAAGCAGAGAUUACACUUGCGCAACUCAUUGGUUAA